AUGUCUAAGAACUCGGAGUUCAUCAAUCUGUCGUUUUUAUUAGAUCAUGAGAAGGAAAUGAUCCUGGGAGUCCUAAAGAGAGAUGAAUAUUUGAAAAAAGUGGAGGAUAAGAGAAUAAGGAAGUUGAAAAAUGAACUCUUAGAAGCAAAGCGUAGAGGUGGAAAGACUCAACAGGAGACUAACAGAGUCUGUGUCCAUUGCCAGAGAAACUUGGGCUUGAUAUUCGACCGAGGAGACCCAUGCCAAGCCUGCUCACUAAGGGUGUGCAACGAAUGUCGAGUUGUGGGCCUUGAUGGUACCUGGAAAUGUACUGUCUGUGCCAAAGUCGCGCAGCUAAGGAUUUUAACUGGAGAAUGGUUUUUUGAAGAAAAGGCAAAGCGUUUCAAGCAAGUCAAUGUUUUGGGCACUGAUGUUGUCCGGCAGUCUAUCCUAAGAAGAAGUCCAGGUACUGAAGAAAUACAGAGCCAAGAGCAAGCAGAAAAAUCAGACCUGUCAUCCUCUGCUGGGCAGAAGACAAGUCAUGAUGGGCCCAGGAGAAAGGGGUUUCUUCUUAGCAAGUUCAGAUCAGCAACUAAAGGAGAAAUUGUAACCACAAAAACUGAAGGUGGGCGGAGCUACAGCUUGGACUUAGAGAGUCAAAAUGUGAAAAGUUUAAAGUCAGUUCUGAGUUCAGACAGGGGAAGCAUUGGUUCAGCAGAUAUCAAUGACCAAGAGACUGGUCCUGGUGCCUCGAAGGGUAGCCGGAGCAAUUGUGCAACUCCAGUCACUCAAAGGUCACCGGCACCAAGCACACGCAGUGUGACCUCCAUCAUCAGUAGAGAACAUGGUUUUGAUAAUUACAUGAGUUUCACAGCCCCUGAAAGCAGCCCUGAAGACCUUGGAAAGAGUCAUCGCAGAAAUACUUCGGGCACACCUUUCAUAGCAGUAUCAGGGGUCUCCCGCUCCUCAGACUGGAGUCGAUCUGAAUUAGAUUUGAGUGAGUCCUUUCCAGAAGAUGUAGAGGAUACUGCAAACAUAAGAUGCAAGUCUGUCCCUGGGACUUUAGACAAAGAUGAUUCAUUGGAAGAUAAUGAAGAAGGCAUUAAUGACUUAGUGUCCUCUAGAUUUUCUGCAAAUACUCACAGCUUAGCAAGUUGCCUGUCAACCAAUUCUCAAGCAGGCUCUGACAGGAAGUGGACCUACCUAAAUGUGCCUGAUGCAGACUCAGACACUACCAGCCUUAACAGCAUGAUGAGUGUUUAUAGUGAAACAGGAGACUAUGGCAAUGUGAAGGUCAGUGGUGAGAUUCUUCUCCACAUCAGCUACUGUUACAAAACUGGUGGGCUCUACAUUUUUGUCAAGAAUUGCAGGAAUCUGGCCAUAGGAGAUGAAAAGAAACAGAGGACAGAUGCUUACGUCAAGUCAUAUCUUCUUCCUGACAAGUCCCGAAACAACAAACGCAAGACCAAAAUCAGAACAGGCACUAAUCCAGAAUUCAAUGAAACACUAAAGUACACUAUCAGUCAUACUCAGUUGGAAACAAGAACUCUGCAGCUUUCAGUCUGGCACUAUGAUCGAUUUGGACGAAAUAGCUUCCUCGGAGAGGUGGAGAUUCCUUUCGACUCAUGGAACUUUGAAAAUCCAAGUGAUGAGUGGUUCACACUUCAGCCCAAGGUGGAGUUUGCUCCAGACAUUGGCCUUCAGUACAAAGGAGAACUGACAGUUGUUUUACGCUACAUUCUUCCAGAGGAGAAUCUGAUUUUUCCACGAGAACAAAUUCAAGGAAAGAAAACCCUUAAAAAGGGAAAGAAGAAAGAGUCACCUGUGAUUUCUGGAGGAGUACUAGAAGUGUUCAUCAAAGAGGCAAAGAAUUUGACAGCAGUGAAGUCAGGAGGCACUUCUGAUAGCUUUGUGAAAGGCUACCUGCUCCCUGAUGAUUACAAAGUCACCAAGCAUAAAACUCUGGUUAUAAAAAAGAGUGUUAACCCUCAGUGGAAUCAUACUUUUAUGUUCAGUGGUCUGCAUCCCCAGGAUAUAAAGAAUGUUUGCUUAGAACUCACUGUCUGGGAUAAAGAAGCCUUUUCCAGCAACAUCUUUCUAGGAGGAGUUCGUUUGAAUUCUGGAAGUGGUGUGAGCUAUGGGGAAAAUGUGGAUUGGAUGGACUCUCAGGGAGAAGAACAACGUCUUUGGCACAAGAUGGCAAACAACCCUGGGACUCCUGCAGAGGGUGUACUCAUGCUCCGUUCCAGCAUGGGGAAACGUAGGCUCUGA